UCUCUCACCAAACAAGGCAAAACACCCAACGGAUAGAAAGUGAGAGCAAAUUCAGGAGCAAAAACAGCUUCAGUUCAGGAGGGUUUUAGUCCGGUAUUGUUAAUUAGCAACCAUGACUGUUGAGUUUAAGGCCGAAGAAACCCAAAUGGCUGAGGUUGUUGUUGCUGCUGCUCCUGGAGAAGAGACCAAGAAGUUCACCGAUGAGACGGAAAAAGCUUUCCAAGGAGAUGAUGAUGAAGUGAGAGAUGCGGAUGAAUGCAAGCCCAAAACAGUUGCGAAGAGCUCUUCUUAUAAGGAAGAGAGUAACUUCCUCACUGAUCUGAAGGAGUUUGAGAGAAAGGCGUUGAAUGAGCUGAAAGCGAAACUCGAAGAAGCCAUCCUCGGAAACAAUCUCUACAAGAAAGAGCACCCAAAAAAGACCGAGGAAAAACCGGUGGCAGAAGAGAAAGAUGCGAAAGAAGGCGAGGAAAGCGAGAAACCUGUGGAAGAAGCGGCUGAAAAUAAGGAGGAAGUGAAAGAUGAAGAAGGUGAUAAAAAGGAAAAAGAGGCACUAGAAUGCGAGGAAGAGAAGAAAGGCGUCGACACGGAUAUCUCCCUUUGGGGAGUACCCCUUUUGCCUAGUAAAGGCGCCGAGGGUACUGAUGUAAUCCUCCUGAAGUUCUUGAGGGCUAGGGAGUUCAGGGUAAAUGAUGCCUUUGAGAUGCUCAAGAAGACACUUCAAUGGAGGAAGGAGGCCGAGAUCGAUUCGAUCUUGGACGAUGAGCUAUGCGCAGAUCUAAGCUCGGCCGCCUACAUGAGUGGCGUUGAUCGCGAAGGUCACCCGGUUUGCUACAACAUUUUUGGGGUGUUUGACAGCGUGGAGCUUUAUCAGAAGACGUUUGGAACCGAUGAGAAGCGUCGGCAGUUCCUGAGAUGGAGGUGCCAGUUCAUGGAGAAGGGUAUCCAGAAGCUUGAUCUGAAGCCCGGCGGUGCCUCCUCCUUGAUCCAAAUCAAUGAUCUGAAGAAGUCCCCCGGACCCGCCAAGAAGGAGCUUCGGAUUGCCACAAAGCAAGCUAUUGGGAUUUUUCAGGACAAUUACCCAGAACUUGUUGCGAAAAAUAUCUUCAUAAACGUUCCUUUCUGGUACUAUGCUCUCAACGCCCUUAUAUCUCCUUUCUUAACCCAGAGAACCAAGAGCAAAUUCGUCGUUGCUCGUCCAGCCAGGGUCACAGAGACCCUGCUCAAGUACAUCCCUGUGGAGGAGAUCCCCGUUAACUACGGUGGCUUCAAGAGGGAGAACGAUUUUGAGUUCUCUGGCAAAGAUGGCAAAGUUUCAGAGCUCAUACUCAAGGCUGGAUCAACCGAAAUCAUUGAGAUACCGGCAUUGGAGGAGGUUGGAAGCACAUUGGUGUGGGACUUGACUGUUCUGGGUUGGGAAGUGAAGUACAGGGAGGAAUUUGUUCCAAUUGAUGAGGGGUCCUAUACCAUCAUUGUGCAGAAGGGAAAAAAGAUGGGAUCUCAGGAAGGACCUAUUCGCAACACUUUCAGAACCAAUGAGCCUGGAAAACUUGUCCUCACGAUCGAGAACAUGUCCAGCAAGAAGAAGAGGGUUCUGCAUCGGUACAAGGCUAAUGCUAAUAAGAGCUGCUAGAUUAUAUUGUCUUGGAAUUCAUGUCCAUUUACUUAAUUACCAUAUUUUUACGUAAAUGGGAGGAGAUAUAUAUAUAGUCAUUCAUUAUUGGAUUUGUUAAUUGGUUACAUUCUUUUGCAGAAUUAAUGUUGAUCCUGUAAUUUUAUUUGUUCGGUUUUAAUUCUUUUUGCCGUGGGGGGUUUCAUUGUAAGAUUUUAUUUUUUAUUUUUAUUUACUGGGUUGAUAUUUUA